AUGACGCCAAAUGAGCUGAACUAUUCGCCAAUUGAAAAAUUGUGCUUGGCGCUAGUCUUCUCAAUUCAAAAGAUGAAGCAUUAUUUUCAAGCUCAUGUUGUUCGCCUUAUUUCUAGAGCAAAUCCUAUCAAGCUAGCUGGAUCGAGCUCACCGUUCUAUUCGACGAAUCGCCAAAUUGAAUUCCCCAUCGCCAAAUUGGCUUGGUCUAGGAGCCGACACACUGUAACUUUUGGCGAGCUAAAGGCUCACUCGGCGAGUCGCCGAGUGGCUUUUGGCGAGCUUCAGCGUGUUCAGUUUUUAAUCCUGCCACUUGAGCGUCAAAUUCCUUUUUUAAGACUUAGUAUUCAAGAAGUACUCAUUGGAGAAGAAAAUGCUCGACUACGUCUUGCGAAGUUAGAAGCAUUUGAUGAAAAGAGGCUAGAAUCCCAACAAAAUCUUGAAUGUUAUCAAGAUCAUCUAUCUCGUGCUUUCAAUAAGAAGGUUCGCUUAAGGUGCAUCCAAGUUGGAGACAAAGUUCUUGCAGUAGGACGAGCCAUCAUUACUUCACAUAAGUCUGGGAGAAAAUUUACCUCAAAGUGGGAUUGUCCAUAUGUCAUACAAGAAGCAUAUUCGAAUGGUGCUUACAAGAUUGUUAAUGCAGAUGGAGUAAGGAUCAGUCCUAUUAAUGUAAAAUUCCUGAAGAGGUACUACCCUUGA